AUGGCUGCAAAACUUGUGUCUUCUUUAGUGCCAUCCUUUUUCUCACCAUUCCAACCUCGGAGGUCCUUUCAGUUUCGUCCUUCAAGGCAGCAUCCUACUCAUCUCCAUUGUUACCCUUCUCUGCAACUUAAAACUGAUAAAACUCUCCACAUUUCCUUCAAAGAUCAUAAACAAAGAAAAGUCUCCCGGAAGCAAGCUUAUUUGCCUCUUCCCACUUCAGAAGAACAGUCCCAAUACACUGAAGAUACAUCAAAUGAUCCAGAAACAGUAAGCCCCCAAAUUGUCCCCGAAGCUACACCUCAAGAUGGUAGUUCAACUAUCAAAUCCAAUGGAAAUGACGGAAAAUCUGGUUUCAUUUCGUUUUACAAUCCUCGGAACAGAGGAUAUUUUUGUCCUCCCUCCUGA